AUGAUCUCUUCAAGUUGCUGGGUUCCCAGAGGAUUUGCCUCGGAGUUCCCCGAGAAAUAUGAGCUUGAUGAUGCUGAAAUGGAAAGAAUUACACAGAUGGCUAAGCUUGAAUUGGACGAUGCCAGAGAAGAUUUGGCUGAGGCAGAACAGAACAAGUCCCAAUUGCAGGACCAAGGUGACGCUGACGAUGACUUGAAGGAGUACGAUUUGGAACAUUACGAUGAUGAUGAUGAUGACGAGAAUGAGGAAAACGCCCAGUCCAUUACCAUGUUUCCAGGCUUGGCUGCCACUGAUGCAACCUUCAACGAGAACGACGGUGAUGCCUACCUCACUCUUCCAAACGAAAUUGACCAACAGGAGGACAAGCAGGAAAUGCAAAUUUACCCUACCGACAACUUGGUGUUGGCCACCAGAACGGAAGACGACAUUUCAUAUUUGGAUGUUUACGUCUACGAUGAUGGUGCAGGUGCUCCAGAAGGUAGUGCCGAAGAGGAGGCCGAUAAGCUCGACUCGGACGUGGCCAAGGGCUUGGUCAGAGAGUCUAACUUGUAUGUUCACCAUGACUUGAUGUUGCCAGCUUUCCCCCUUUGCGUGGAGUGGCUUAACUUCCGCCCUGGCUCUGCAGCUACGGAACAGGACUCCAACAUCGGAAACUUCGCCGCCAUUGGAACGUUCGACCCACAGAUUGAGAUUUGGAACUUGGACUGUGUGGACAAGGCGUUCCCAGACAUGAUUUUGGGCGAGCCUCAACUGAAUUCAUAUGCAUCAUUAUCUUCUAAGAAGAAGAAGAAGAACAAAAAGAGCAAAAACUCUCAUGUGACCACACACCACACUGACGCUGUGUUGUCUUUAGCACACAACAGAAUCCACAGAAACGUUUUGGCCUCGACCUCUGCAGACAAGACCGUCAAGUUGUGGGAUUUAUCUCUGGGUAGCGCUGUGAGAUCUUUAAACACCAUCCACCAAGGAAAGACAGUUUCUUCCUCUCAGUGGCACUCCCAGGAGGCAUCUAUCUUAUUGACUGGUGGCUACAACGGAGCAUGUGCCGUGUCGGACGUAAGAAUCUCCGAUGAGAAGGAGAUUUCGAAGUCGUACUUUGUUGGAAGCGGACAGGAAGUCGAGAGCGUCAAGUGGGGCAUCCAGCCUGAGGUUUUCUACUGUGGUACCGACAACGGUAACAUCUACAGUUUCGAUAUCCGUGUUCAGGAUAAGCCGUUGUGGACAUUGCAUGCACAUGACUCUGGUAUUUCAUCAUUGGAUGUCAACCCUAACAUUCCAGGCAUGUUGGUGACUUCUGCCAUGAACGACAAGGUUGUCAAGUUGUGGAAGUGUCCAUUGGCCAAUGGUGGUCCAUCCAUGGUUUUGUCCAGAGACUUCGGUGUGGGCAAUGUGUUGACUACUUCGUUCGCUGGAGACGUGGAGGUUGCAGGUAACCUUACAGUGGGAGGAGUGGCAGGAGCAUUGAAGAUGUGGGACAUUUUGUCUAACAGAUCUGUUCGUGCAUCGUUCAAGGAUGAGUUGAGAGACUUGCAGAAGAGAGCCAGGGAGGAGGCUAGUGGAGUUGGCCGUGCAUCUAGAAUCGCCAGAAAGUACCAGGGAGCCAGUUCCGAGACGGUUAUGACUGUUGAGGCCGGAAGAUUGGACAAUGAUUCUGAGUCUGAAGAGGAGGAAGGGGAUGACGAGGAGGAGAUGGAAGAGUAG